CACGCCACGGGCGCUUCGCAACGCACAACGCAACGUUACGAUGUGGGGAUCCGUAGCAGCCUCGCUUUUCUUGGUGGUUCUAUUCUACGUGGUAAUUCAGUACAGACGACGUCGCGAAAUUUUCCGGCGCUUCGAGAAGAUCAACGUUCCUGGUCCGAAACCCUCCUGGAUAUGGGGGAAUGCCUUGGAGAUAGAACGGAAUGGUUUGAUCGCAAUGCAGGUCGAAUGGCAUCGGAAAUACGGACCCGUGAUUGGUUAUUUCAUGGGGGAGAUUCCCAUUUUAGCGAUCUCCGAUGUGGAGCUCCUGAAGCUCAUUGAAAUUAAAGACUUCAUGGACUUCGCGGAUCGACCGAGGUUUAUGACCGGUGCCGGCUCAGGAAUUCAUGAUCACGCACUGACCGCUCUCACAGGCGAACGCUGGAAACGCGUUCGAUCGACUCUCACGCCGUCAUUUACAAUCAGUAAACUGAAAGCGCUCAAUCCCGAAGUUGCUGCCAUCGUCGACGAAUUCAUGGAAAAUGUCGAGAAACACGAGAACAAGGACAUGGAGAUAUCUUCGUACUAUCAGGCUCUGACUAUGGACACAAUUUGCAAGAGUGCACUUGGAGCUGAUUUCGGUAUUCAAAAACACGGCCCCAGCCAUCCACUCGUCGUCGCCGCGAAAGCUCUCUUCGAUGCGCAUAGCAGUAUUAUUCAGACAAUUCUUGGGAGCUUCCAUCCGCUUCGUCACCUGCUCUACCUCAUAGUCAAGCUCCGUAUGUGGAUCUCUGGGAAGAAGCUGUCGGGGAACCCCAUAAUUUCGUUGAAAUCGAAAUGUAGACAGAUUGUAGAGAGUCGAAGAGCUGAUUCGAGCAACACGCGAGUCGACCUUUUACAGAUGAUGAUAGACGCUCAAGGAUCUGAGCUGGAGCACACGAGCCUGACGAUCGGUGAAAAAGAUGAUGACUCGAAAUUCAUCGCCCCAACGUGUCCUAUGGCGAAUGCUUCGAAUCCGUACAAACUCUCAGAGCAAGAAGUCAUCGACAAUGCCUUCCAAGUGCUGCUUGCAGGGUAUGAGACCACUAGCAGCAGUCUAGCGUUCAUCACUCGUAUGCUCCUACGUUUUCCCGAAGUUCAAGAAAGACUCAGAGAAGAGCUAAUGAGGGCAACCGAUGAGGGCAAGGUCUUCGAUUUCGAGAGGCUGCAGAAGUGCUCCUACAUGGAGGCGGUCAUCCAAGAAACUCUCCGACUCCGGCCACCAAUAUAUUCGUUCACGAUUCGAGAAGCUUCUACGGAGAAAUUCUACGAAGAUUUCAAUCUGAGGAUUCCCAAGGGCCAAGCGGUUUUCGUCUCUACCCAAGCCCUGCAUCUUCGGGACGAUUAUUUCGCCGAUCCACACGACUUCAAACCCGAAAGAUUCUUACCGGAAAACCGAGCCUCACUAGUGGCGAACGCGUGGCAGCCUUUCGGCGCCGGACCGAGAAAUUGCAUCGGGAUGCGUUUCGCGCAGCUAGAGAUCAAGCUCACUUUGGCGAAACUUCUCACCAGAUAUCGAUUGUCGUGUAACACCGAGCCCGCGGGCGACCCGAAUAUCGAGACUGUCUCGACAAACAAUGUGAUACAGAGAGUGAAAACUCCUGUCGUAUGCAAGAUAAAGAGAUUGUAGACUCCGAAUUCUCCAAUUGUUUACAUCCGAUAGUCGAGCUCCGGUUCCGCGAUAAAUCUCUGUUCAUUAGGCUCGUUCCGCCUACGCGCGUCUCAGGCGGCUUUCCCCGAAGGAGCCCAGGCCAUGAGGAGGAUCUCACGCCCUUCGCUCCACAUGAUUAUCGAAUCAGCCCGCCCGAUUGCUGUACUAGUAUCGCAAGCUUAUCAAAAUCGACCGCAGACAACGGGCUUUGCGUCGAUUUUUGGUCACCGGAACACUCGGAAAUCUUGCGGGAAUCGUUCACGAAAAAUCCUGUGAGGGCUGCACUCAGCCGCCCACAUGUAUUCGACAUCAAAUAUCUACUCGCGAAGAGCUACUAAUGAGAAUUCCGAUCACUAUACAUGACGUGGUGAUUAUCGAGUAAAGACAAUUGAACUCUUUUCUCUUAGACCGGGAUUGUGUUCAGUAAAUUAUAAUAACCCCUCACCCCCUAAAA